UACCUUUUUUAAUUGCAUUUUCGUUCCAGUCCUUUUUCAAUCCCAGGUCUUCGAUGAGAAGAGAGAGAGAGAAAGAAAGAAACACAGACAGAGAGAGGUCUUCGUUGAGAGGAAACAAAAACAGAAACCCUAAUAAAGAGAGAGAGAGAGCAGAAAGUUUCAUCUCGAUUCUUCUUCUUUUUAAUUGCAUUUCAAGAUCUUAGUUCUUCAAUCCACAAAAGGGACUGGUUCUGUUUUGGCUAUGGCAAAUUCCAAGGGGUCAUCAAAUGUCAAAAAUUUUAUGUACUCUGGAAAGCACGCAUUACUUCCUCCAAAAAUUCCAUUUCCUAGUGUCAUCCCAUCAUAUGUUGAUUAUGUGCCCAGUGGUGUAAUUGGAUCAAAAGCUGUUCAAAGACCUAGAGAUGGAAACAGUCAUCACCAACGAACAUCUUCGGAGACACUUCUCAUGGAGGAGCAGCCUUCUUGGCUUGAUGAUCUCCUUAAUGAGCCAGAGACACCUGUUCGUAGAGGAGGUCAUCGGCGUUCAUCCAGUGAUUCCUUUGCAUAUAUAGAUGUAACUAAUACUUCUAACAUAGACUAUGCAGCACAGGAUGAGUACAGAUACAAAAACAUGAUGAUGGUACCUUCUUGGGGAUCUCAAGACUUUGAUUUUCUCAAAGAUGCCCGGCAAGCCUCUCUAUAUGCUGAUGUAAGCAUGACAAAACAGAAAAAUAGAGCUUGGGAUUCAUCUUUGAAUGUUGCAACACGUAUAAGUGGGCUUUCUUCUGCAAGGGAGAAUCCACAGGAAGCAGAUGGUGUUCCAACGUCAGUGCAUGAAAAGCAAGAUUCAGCUGAAUCUGGUCUACAUGAUUCAAAAAAUUCAUCUGAAAGAAAGGAUAAUUCUCAUGCCAAGUCUUCAACAUCAGAGACUGAUACAAAACGUGCUAAACAGCAAUUUGCUCAACGUUCCCGAGUUCGGAAACUUCAGUACAUAGCUGAGCUAGAAAGGAAUGUACAAGCUUUACAGGCAAAAGGAUCUGAAGUUUCAGCUGAGGUUGAAUUUCUCAACCAGCAAAAUCUUAUUCUAAGCAUGGAGAAUAAAGCCCUUAAGCAACGUUUAGAAAGUUUAUCCCAGGAACAGCUUAUCAAAUACUUGGAGCAUGAAGUUUUGGAGAGGGAGAUUGGAAGGCUACGAGCCUUGUAUCAGCAGCAACAGCAACAGCAACAUCAGCAGCAACCACAGGCACAAAAACCUCCAUCUUCCAGCCAUCGCCGAACUAACAGCAGGGAUCUUGAAUCCCAAUUUACAAAUCUUUCCCUGAAACACAAGGAUGCCAAUUCUGGCCGUGAUCCUGUGACGGGUCCACUUCGCACUUAGACAAAUGAAUUAACCAGAGAUUUGUUGUGCCACUGUUUUGCCUCAGUUGGGCUGCCACAUAAACCAUCAUUAUUUUCUCCCUGAGUGGGGCAAAGCUGAGUUCCUCUUGUCUUCAUUCAUCCCAUCCCUCUACCUGAUUUGCACUAUUUAUUUUUUCUGCUAUUUCUUGCCCUUUUCAUUUGAUAAUUUAGCAUCUUCAUGUGCACCUGGUAGUCAAUUGCUGAAAAUCAUGUUUUCAUGCAAGAUGACUUUACCGGAGGUGGUAACUUGAAAGAGGUUCCUUAUUUUGGGCCCUCCUGUAUGUUCAAGUGAUUAUUAUUCAGGAAAUUCAUGUGCUCCACUUCUUAUCCAUUUUGGACUGUCCACUUUGUGGAGUCAAAUGUAGGGAACGAUCUUUAGGGCCUGUUGGAUAUGCAUAAUUUGUAAUGACAUUAUUCAAAGGAAAUGAAGUUUCUUGUAAAAUCUGUUAAAUGAAAUUCACGUCUUCCUUUA